AUGAAAGCCUGGAGACUUCAAAAGUACAACAAAGAUGUUGGCGCUGCCAUUGAUAGCCUAACGCUCGAGGACAUCCCUGUCCCGGAACCUCAGGAUGGCAAUGUUCUCAUCAAGACUGCAUGCUGCAGUGUAAACCCCGUCGACUGGAAGCUCUUUUCGGGUGCUAUGGAUGCAAUGUUCCCACAGGUCUUCCCUUCUACACCCGGAUUCGACGUUGCCGGUGUUGUCGAAAAGGUGGGACCUGGAGUAACAGAUCUCGCUGUUGGCGACAGAAUCACUUGCGAUUUGGGUGGUGCUUCAUCGAACAAGCAAGGCCCCAGUGGUGCAUUCGCAGAGUACUGCAUUGCCCCCGUUGACUUCUGUUCCAAGGUCGGAGAUAUCGACUUUGAAACUGUUGUUGGAUUGCCAUUGGCCGGUAUCACUGCCUUCCAAGGAUUGUUCACUGGAAUCCACAAACAAGAUCUUGGGCACUGCAAGGAAGGUGACAAGGUAUUGAUCCUUGGUGGUGCAGGUGGUGUCGGAACCUUCGCCUUGCAACUUGCAUCGAAUGCUGGAUGUCAUGUUGCAACCACUGCUUCUCCCGCCAAAUUCGAUUUCGUCAAGGGUCUUGGUGCCAAAGAAAUUAUCAACUACCACGAUCAAGACUGGGGUGAAGUUUUGGCCGGCCAAGACUACGAUUUGAUUUUCGACUGUAUCGGUCUGAUGGACGAUCUUAAAGUCCGCGCACCCAAGGUGUUGAAGAAGGGUGGAAAGUUCAUCUCCAUUGCCAACUUUGACCCAAGUGCUGCCAAAGCCACUGACGAUAUUGAGUUCGCUGUGUUCUUGACGGUCAGUAACAGGACUGAUUUGGACAAGAUGGUUCAAAUGAUGAAGGAUGGAAAACUAAAGGUCGUCAACGACACGGUUUACCCCUUCGCUGAAACUCAGGCCGCCCUCAAACAAUCCAUGGGUGGAAGAACUAGUGGAAAGGUGGUGAUCAAGCUCUAA